CCUGCCUCUCUACAGGACAUUGAACGUGAGGCAACGGUCCUCACCCACUUCACAUCAAGUCUUCUCUCUCGGGCAUUGUGAUUGGAUGAGAACCAAAGACUCUAUCACCGUUCCGAGGGCGAAGGUACCCGUAGUCGUAAUGUUGUUCAUACCUCACGUACAGCGCAGUGCGGACCUGAAAAGAUGCUUCCAACAAUCAUUGGAACCGUCUGCAGUCAGGUGAUGGAUUUCUAAACUUCACGUCCAACAAUAAAGAAGCUUCCCCCGUUGGCCAACGUCAGAUUCUCUGCAUAACUCAGGUUGGCUCCGCAGAUCGCAUUCGGUGCGGUAUGAUCAAUGCAAUGACGUUUCACUAAAGGCCCGUAGAUGGUAAAUUACCGCCCAUCGGAGAUUCUGUGCUUGUCUACAAAACGGGCGGGCAGGUCUUGCAGUAGGUCAACAUGGCAGGACUACAAACUUUCGUCCUCUACCUUCCGUUGAUUUUGCAUUUGCGAUGGACGGUGCGAGUUGCAGCAGGAGCUCCAGCAACCGUCACCAUAGGAGGAAUCUUCUCUAACAGGAACACAGUGGAGGAAGAUGCCCUCAGAUUUGCGGCCAAGUUCAUCAACACACGACGGGACAUCCUCCCAAACACCACCCUGACUGUAGUCACCAACUACACGGAAGUGUUUCAGACUUUCCAGUGUAUGCAGUCAGCAUGUUUCUUGGCAGAGCUCGGUGCCGCGGUCAUCAUCGGUCCGCGGAGCUCCACAGCAGUCAAAACAGUCAACAACGUGUGCUCCGGGCUGCACAUCCCGCACAUCGCACCUGUGGCGACGGAUCCGUUACUAGGAAACCAGAGGAUGUACCCGUAUCUCCUGCGCAUGUCGUCCCCUGACACGGAGCAGAGUCGGGCAUUGAUAGCCCUCGUCAAGCAUUUCGGCUGGACCCGCAUGUGUAUUCUGACGUCACUGAAUGACUACGGUAUGAACGGAGUUGUAGAGUUCCAAUCCGUGGCGGCGAGUUACAACUGGGACGUUGUGAGUGUGCAGCAGUUCCAGGUUAACAGCGACCCCUCGAAGAUAGAUGUUAGACUGCAGCUGCAGAAGAUAAAGGGAACAGGUGUCCGUGUCAUCAUCCUGAACUGCCUGGCUAUCCACGGGAUGAGAGUGCUGGAGCAGGCGGAGAAGAUGGGCCUGACGUGGCGGGGCUGGGCCUGGAUCGUCACCGACGGUUUUACCGGGAUGGCUGAGGUGACCGCGAAGAAGCCCAUUCCACAUUAUCUGCAGGGACUGGUGGGGACCAGGCCGGCCCCCGGGAGGGGCGGACUGUUGACAAAGACGGAGUAA